CCCUCCCUCCCCCUUCUGCCCCUCGGCCAAGGAGACGAAGAAGGGGAGGGGUCCCUGGCGCGGAUCCCCUUGAUGCCCCAUCGGCGCCUCGACCCCAAUUAACUUCGCCCUCCUCCCCGCCCCCCCAGCCGCCUCCGACCGGGGGAAAAGAGGUUCCGAUGGCCGGGCCAACGCAGCAGCUGGGCUGGCUCCGGGGCUGGUGGACUACUGGCGUGUGUUUGGCGAGCCUGGCCUUCCCAGGCCUCUGGGCUCAGAAGGUGCUUGUCAAUGAGACGGUCUCCGGCUUCAUCGGGACCGAUGUAGUCCUUCAUUGCAACCUGGUCAAUAUCAACCACACAAGGAUCACUCAAGUCACCUGGCAGAAGGCCAGUAAUGGCUCCAAGCAAAAUGUGGCCAUCUACAACCCCGUCAUGGGUGUCUCCAUCCUGCCCCCCUACAAGAAGAGAGUGGACUUCCAGAACCCAUCCAUCACCGACGGGACCAUCAAGCUGUCCAACCUGCAGUUGGACGACGAAGGGAUCUACAUCUGUGAGUUCGCCACCUUCCCUACCGGCAACCGGGAAAACCAACUCAAUCUCACCGUAUUGGCCAAACCAGUAAACCGGAUGGAAAGUACCACCAGACCACUGAUUGCCCGGGCCGGCAUGACAGAAAAAAUCCUGGUGGCCACCUGCAUAUCCUCCAAUGGGAAACCUCCCAGCACGGUGACCUGGGACACUAAGCUGAAAGGCGAGGCGGAAUUCCAGGAGAUCCGCAAUGAGAAUGGCACCAUCACUGUGAUCAGCCGCUACCGUCUUCUACCAAGCCGGGAGGCCCAUCAGCAGCAGCUGAAGUGUGUGGUCAACUACCAGUUGGAGCGUUUUACGGAGAGCAUGACCCUCAACGUGCUGUAUGAACCCGAGGUUAGAAUCGAUGGUUUUGACAGCAACUGGUACCUCAACCGGAAGGAUGUGAAAUUGACUUGUACAUCUGAUGCCAAUCCUCCUGCUACGGAGUACCAAUGGAAGCUGCUGAAUGGCUCGUUGCCCGACAGUGCCGAAAUUCAAAACAGCACUCUGUUCUUCAAAGGACCAGUCACGUACAGCCUAUCGGCAACAUAUAUCUGUGAAGCCACCAACACCAUCGGCACCCGAUCUGGGCAGGUGGAAGUGAAUGUCACAGAAUUCCCCUACACCCCGUCUCCACCGGUCACAUCCGUGGCACAUCCGACCAUCCCCACAGCCGUGAUUGGGGGCGUGGUGGGCGGAGCCUCGUUGGUCGUAGUGGUGGCCGUGGUCGUCCUUAUGGUGCUCCGUCACCGGCGCCACACUUUCAAGGGCGACUACAGCACCAAGAAGCACGUCUACGGCAACGGGUACAGCAAGGCGGGCAUCCCUCAGCAUCACCCACCCAUGGCCCAGAACCUUCAGUAUCCUGACGAUUCGGACGACGAGAAAAAGCCUGGCCCGCUGGGUAGCAACAACUACGAGGACGAAGACGACGAUGGCGCUGGGGCCGAAAGGAAACACCGGUCCUGUCCCACCAAGUACGAGGAGGACUCCAAGCGGCCUUACUUCACGGUGGACGAGGGCGAAGCCCACUCUGAAUCCUACAACGAACGGACACUCGGAUUCCAGUAUGACCCCGAGCAACUGGACAUAGCCGAUAACAUGGUCUCUCAGAAUGACGGGUCUUUUAUUUCCAAAAAAGAGUGGUAUGUGUAGCUUGGUCCACCUCCUCCCCUCUCUUGCCCUCUCUUCACAGGCCACGUCCUGCCUCCCUGCCCCAGGACUGGUGGCUGCUCCACAGAGACCGUGGGCCUUGUCAGACAUCCAGAGGCCUCCCCGCCCACCCAACACACGCAUCCCCAGAGACCUCCAUCCGCUGGGGAGUGGGACGCAGUACAGGGACACUUGGGAAGCCAACGAGAACUUCCACUACUUUGGGGGCAACCCAGAGGAGGCAAAGCAGGGGAGUUGAGGCGGGUGGGGACGGGAGGGAUGUUGCUUGGCUUAAUGAAUUUACUUUCUUCUCGGGGAGAGGAGAGCAAUGUUUCUUUUCCCCCUGCUUAAUUUUCUCCGACAGAGAUUGGUCCCUUACCGUGUCGUUUGUACUGAUCAGUGGUGGCUUUGAUGUUAAAUACUUUUAAUUAUUAUUGCCUGUCUUUGUAUAGUAUACCGAUCCCACCCCCCAUCUGCACCUCCUGGUUGCAUCUUAAAAGUGUCUCUUGGUCAGCCUGGGGGGGCUCCUAAACAUUGGAAUUUGUUUAUUGUCUUAACUUUGGGGUGGGGAGGGGGGCCAGGAGCACCACCCCCUGCGCUCCCGUGGACUUUGGAAGGCAAAGCGGGGCUUGGGGGCUGCAGACACCGAAAGCACAAAAGCACAGAAUCGGGGCCCGAGACUUUGCUCCUGCAUCUCUGGAUCUUCCUUUUCAGCAUCUCCACUGUGGCCAUUUCCCACAAUGCACCUGUGGUGGGAAGAGAAUAAGCACCCGCCUUGAUCCAUGGCCACUAAAAACAAAAAAAAAAAAAAAACUCAGACUCAACUUCACCUUCAGAAGAACCUUUGGGGAAAGCAAGGAACAAACGAGAGUGCAUGAUAUCCAGGGAGGAGAAGUGUAAUAAGUGUGGGUCUCCUUAUUUUUCUUGUUGUGGUUGUUAUUUCGUUCUCAAUUAUGAUUUUAAGAGAGAGGUUCAGAGUCCGUCAAGAUUUGCAUGCCACAUUAUCUCUUUCUUUUCUUUUUUUUUUCCUCGUUUGCUCCUGGACCCAACAUCUUUUGUCAAUGAGGAUCUUCUUAGAUUCACUUGUCCGAGGACAUUCCUACCAGUUUCUCACUUUUGGAACUGUCAGUGAGUGAAGAGACAAGCAAAGUAGUCGCUUGGCUCUUCGUCAAGUCUCAGUGCUUAAUGUUGGAAACCUGGUGAAGCUUAACAGCUUUGUGUGCAUCCCAGAGGCUCCAAUUCCUGUCACUGGCCCUUCCAAUUAAAUAGCCUCAAGUGGCAAGCAAAUAGAGAGAUGGGUGAAUUUAGAAAAAAAAUGUUUUUGUUUGGGGCUGAAAUCUUAACCACUCUGUUGGGACACUUUGAGUUGGCCUGUAUGUUUUGUUUUUGGGUUAUGGUUGUUUUGGAACCAAACUUGAAAUUGGCUUGAAUGUUCCAUCACAAACUAAACUUUUUUGGAAAAAAAAAGAAUGUUCUGUUGGAGCAAAACGUGAGCUAUUUUAUAUGGUUGACCAUCAGAAACAAGCCACCGCUGCUCCUCCUAUUUUGUUUUUCAUUCCAGGACCACAGAAAUAAGUCAGCGAGAGAGGCCCAAAUGCAGAAUGCUAUCUGCUACCCCAGUUGUAGGAAAAUUGGCUAGGGGCAUGAUUUUUAAAGCUUCUUUGAAAAGCGUUCAAGUUCCAUAGGGGGGAAAUAAACGGAAAGAAAGCUUUACUUUGACCAAAUGAAACAACUGUUUGGGUUAGCAUCUGUUAUCAACGGUGGCCCUCCCUUCCCCCAAUGGAGAAAGAGAGGGAGGGAGGGAGGGAGUGAAAGAAAGGAAGGAAGGAAGAAGAAAGAAAGAAAAGAAAAGAAAGAAUGGAGGAAGAAAGAAAAGAAAGAAAGAAAGAAAGAAAGAAAGAAAGAAAGAAAGAAAGAAAGAAAGAAAGAAAGAAAGAAAGAAAGAAAGAAAGAAAGAAUACAUAGGGUCACUUCCUUUAAAUAAAACUUCUGCGUUGCUCAGCCAACAGAUUGCAGGAGAAACGGAGCGACUCUGUUCUUUCAGAUUCCUCUCAAUCAGUACAUCCUCAGUACGAGGCAUUCUUAAUAUUUUGAAACAUUAAAACAUUUAAUGCUGAUGGAGGUUUUUGUUUUUUUUAAAGAAAUAAUUACGGUGUCUAAUUUUAUGUUGGCACUGUUUUGUUUUGG